AAUUUUCAGUCAGUCUCCCAAAAUCUUAUCUACUUCUUAACUUCUUUCCUCCGUUUGACGUUGUGUUCGAAACUUUGAAAAAUCAACUACUUCUUUGCUUUUUUCACAAAUUUGCACGUGGCUUCGCGCGCAUGCCAUUUGUACCAUUUAUCGACCUUCAAUUAUAAACUCAAGAUGACACAAUUGACAUGGGAAGAAAAGCAUGCACUCAUCACCAGGAAUUUGGCAGAGGUUCUUGGAGAUGAAAAGCUUAAAACAAUUCUCAAAGAAAGAGACCUAAAAUUAUACUGGGGAACCGCCACUACAGGAAAGCCACACAUUGGAUACUUCACACCUAUGACAAAGAUUGCUGAUUUCCUGCGAGCUGGAGUGGAAGUAACUAUUUUAUUUGCAGAUCUCCAUGCCUCUCUUGAUAACAUGAAAGCUCCAUGGGACUUAUUGAAAUUAAGAGAACAGUAUUACGAAGCUAUAAUUAAAGCUUUAUUAAAAUCUAUUGAUGUUCCUAUAGAAAAAUUAAAGUUUGUUAAAGGAACAGAUUACCAAUUAACAGAAAAAUAUACAUUGGACAUGUACAGAUUGAGCACUUUAACAACUGAGCAUGAUGUCAAAAAAGCUGGAGCAGAAGUUGUAAAGCAAGUAGCUAAUCCUUUACUGUCUGGUUUACUAUACCCUGGCUUGCAAGUAUUAGAUGAAGAAUAUUUGAAAGUAGAUGCUCAAUUUGGAGGCAUUGAUCAAAGAAAAAUAUUCACAUUUGCUGAAAAGUAUCUACCUGCUCUAGGAUAUGAAAAGCGAAUUCAUUUAAUGAAUCCAAUGAUUCCUGGUUUAGCUGGAGCAAAAAUGUCCUCAUCCGAAGAAGAUUCCAAGAUUGAUCUUCUAGACAAUGCUGCAUCUAUAAAGAAAAAAUUAAAAAAAGCUUUCUGUGAGCCAGGAAACAUAACUGACAAUGGACUUCUAGCUUUUGUCAAAUCAGUAUUGUUUCCAUUGAUGAAGGAAGGAGAAUCAUUUUUAGUGCCCCGAGCAGCUGAAUUUGGAGGAGAUGCAUCUUAUGCCAAUUAUGAAGAACUUGAAAUGGCUUUUGCCGAAUACGCAGUACAUCCUGGUGACUUGAAAAGUGCAUUAGAAGUGUACAUCAAUAAACUAUUAGAUCCAAUUAGAAAGGAAUUCGCAAGUGAUCCAAAAUUGAAAUCCCUGAGUGCCAAGGCUUAUCCUCUCCCAUCAAAACAAAAACCAAGUGCUGAGCCAGCUGAAGUCGUUCCUUCAAGAUUAGAUAUCAGAGUUGGUAAAAUUGUUGAAGUACAAAGGCAUCCAGAUGCUGAUAGUUUAUAUAUUGAAAAAAUUGAUUUGGGAGAAGAGUCUGGGCCUAGAACUAUUGUUAGUGGUUUGGUCAAUUUUGUUCCUAUUGAACAGAUGCAGGAUAGAAUGGUUGUUGUAUUGGCAAAUUUAAAACCUGCAAAUUUGAGAGGUGUCUCUUCUCACGGAAUGGUGUUAUGUGCUUCUGUUGAUGAGCCAACGAAAGCUGUUGAACCACUCAGACCUCCAGUGAAUAGUAAACCUGGUGAUAAAGUAGUUGUUGAGGGUUAUGAGAAUGGAAAUCCCGAUGAGGUUCUAAACCCAAAAAAGAAAGUUUGGGAGAAAUUACAGGUUGAUCUCAAAAUUAAUGCAAAUGGUGUUGCAUGUUGGAGUGGAAAUCCUUUAAUCACACCAUCAAAUGAAAAUCUUCUAGUAGAUUCUUUAAGGAAUGUUUCAAUCAAAUAAUUCACUUUAAUUUAUUUGUAAA